UUCACUUACGUGUUGGAUACUUAAUUUGACACUCUUCUUUGUGUUUUCUCUUCCACCUUCUUUUUCGAGGCUCUGCAAAAGAAGAUGAUCAAAACAAUCACAUCUCUACGCAAAACUCUGGUUCUACCUCUUCAUUUACAUAUUCGUACGGUAUAAACUGGAUUCUUACAAUCUAAUGAUGAUUACUUACUUAGAGACAUAACUCGGAUCUCAGAUACAAACAUGUUUUAUGUUCUGUUUUUUUUGUCCUGAUGAAAUAGCUACAAACUUUCGCCAAGUACAACGCACAAGCUGCAUCGGCUUUGCGAGAAGAGCGUAAGAAACCUCUUUAUCAAAAUGGAGAUGAUGUAUAUGCGGAUUUGGAUUGGGAUAAUCUCGGGUUUGGUCUAAAUCCAGCUGAUUACAUGUAUGUCAUGAAAUGCUCAAAAGACGGCGAAUUCACUCAAGGAGAACUUAGUCCCUAUGGGAAUAUUCAGCUAAGUCCUUCUGCUGGAGUCUUAAACUAUGGACAGGCGAUAUACGAAGGUACAAAAGCAUACAGGAAAGAAAAUGGGAAGCUUCUUUUGUUUCGUCCGGAUCACAACGCUAUCCGGAUGAAGCUUGGCGCUGAACGGAUGCUCAUGCCUUCUCCUUCGGUUGAUCAGUUUGUUAAUGCAGUUAAACAAACCGCUCUUGCAAACAAACGUUGGGUUCCUCCUGCAGGGAAAGGGACUUUGUACAUUAGGCCUUUGUUGAUGGGAAGUGGUCCAAUACUUGGUUUAGGUCCUGCACCUGAAUAUACAUUCAUUGUCUAUGCAUCUCCAGUUGGUAACUACUUCAAGGAAGGGAUGGCUGCUCUUAACCUCUAUGUUGAGGAAGAAUAUGUCCGAGCGGCUCCUGGUGGAGCUGGAGGCGUCAAGAGCAUCACAAAUUAUGCGCCAGUUUUGAAAGCACUGAGCAGAGCCAAGAGUCGGGGGUUUUCAGACGUUCUUUAUCUCGACUCUGUCAAGAAGAAGUACUUAGAGGAGGCUUCUUCUUGCAACGUCUUUGUUGUCAAGGGUCGGACAAUCUCAACUCCUGCAACUAAUGGAACAAUUCUUGAAGGGAUUACGCGGAAAAGUGUGAUGGAGAUCGCAAGUGAUCAAGGUUAUCAGGUAGUAGAGAAGGCAGUUCAUGUGGAUGAAGUAAUGGAUGCAGAUGAAGUUUUUUGCACCGGAACUGCUGUAGUAGUUGCUCCCGUGGGCACUAUCACAUAUCAGGAAAAAAGAGUAGAGUAUAAAACCGGGGAUGAAUCUGUCUGCCAGAAACUGCGUUCAGUCCUCGUAGGUAUCCAGACAGGAUUGAUUGAAGAUAACAAGGGAUGGGUCACAGAUAUCAACUGAAGAAUAACAAUCUUCAAUAUUUUGCCACAAAGGAGAUUACUCUGCAUUUUAAGCUGUGUAUACACGACAAUGAAGAACACUAUAAACAUAUAUAUGAGAUAGAAACAGAAAGCUCUUUUGCUCAUUUCUAUAUCGUAAAGUCAAUGUCUUUCACAAAACUAUGACAAAGAAAAGAAUCGUCUAUUGUACUUGUAGACAAGUGUUUCCAAGGAUAGUUUCAUUUCCUCCUGCAGUAACUCCAAAUUUACAUUUCAUUUUAGGAGGCAAAACUGUAUAUACGUUUCAAUGGCUUUCCCCACUUCUUACU